AUGCGACCACACCCAGUGUUUUACUUCGGAUUGCUUAAGCCUUAUCGUGAUCCGUCGAUGGUGGAUCACGAGACGCUUGCGCCGAAGAAGGUGGCGAUGCCACAAGUCGAGGAAUCGAUAAGAGAAGAUCCAGUUGUCCUUCAAGAUUCUCCACUCGGUCAUGAAGACCAUGCACCUCGUGUACUGAUUCGUCAACGACGCGUCGAGAUCCACCGACCACCGCCUGCUCUCGUUAACGAUCAAGGGGAUCAACAGUGUCAUGUUGAACGAAUCAUCCAGCGACGUCGUCGCGACGGUCAGGACCAGUAA